AUGACCUGGCGUCCGCAAGCAACCCCGGACGAGCAAGCCUUCGCAGCCAUGAAGACCGCCAUCACCAACGGCGCCACGAUCUGGUCCUCCUCGUCCAUCUACGGCAUGCCCCCUAACGAACCCACUGCCGGCCUCUCUCUCCUACGUCGAUACUUUGAAACUUACCCCGAGGAUGCGCCAAAGGUGACACUAUUCAUCCGCGCCUGCCUCGACGCAAAGACAUUCGCGUCGACGAACACCCGUGCAGGGGUGCGGGCUAGCUACGAUGAAUGCGCCCGUGUGCUGGGCUCCGCCAAAAAGAUGGAUAUCUUUGGUCCGGCACGUUUGGAUCCAAAUGUGCCUGUUGAGGAGACGGUGGGUGCGUUGAAGGAGCUGGUAGACGAAGGGAAGAUAGGGGGUGUGGGAUUAUCGGAGGUUGGAAGUGAGAGCAUUCGACGAGCUAAUGCGGUUGUGCCAAUCAAGGUCGUGGAGGUCGAGUUCUCGCUUUGGAGUACAGAUAUUCUGCACAAUGGGGUGGCUGGGACGUGUAAGGAAUUGGGGAUUCCGAUUCUCACAUACGCCCCGCUUGGGUACGGAUUUUUGACAGGACAGGUCAAGUCUCUGGACGAUAUCCCCAAGGGGGAUAUACGGUUGUUGUUUGGGAGGUUUCAGGAAGAGACCUUUCCCAAGAAUCUUGAGUUGGUUGAUAAAGUGAACAACUUCGCGAAACGUAGAGGCGUGACGCCCGCGCAGCUGGCUUUGGCGUGGAUUCGGGCACAUUCGAAUACGGAAAACUGCGGGAUUAUCAUUCCCAUUCCCGGCGCGACGGCUGCUGAGCGAGUGGAGGAGAAUUGUAAAAUUGUGGAGUUGUCGCCGGGGGAAAAGGAAGAGCUGGAUGAUAUUCUCGUGUCGUUUGAUGUGGCUGGAGCGAGACAGAUUCCUGGCCUGGAGCAUCAGCUUUGGGGGUAA